ACCGGCUUGAGUCGGUGACCGGUUUUGCUUCCGGAGGUCAUUGCGUCCGCCGACUGACAAGAGAGUCUUAACGAACUGCGCCUCGGUGACGGGUUUACAAUGAGCUAUGAGAACCGCCGGGCUUGGGGCCGCAGGGGCGGGCCCCGCGCUUCACAGCCGUCGUCCUCUUCUUCUUCUUCCAGCGGGGGUGGAGGGGGCGGCGGCGGCCGGGGCCGACCUCCUCCUCACCUGAAGGGCCGCGAGAUUGGCCUGUGGUACGCACGGAGACAAGGCGAGAGAAGCAAAGAAGCCGAGAGACAGCAGAGAGCUGUUGUGCAUAUGGAUGAGCGCAGAGAAGAACAGAUUGUACAACUGCUGAAUACUGUCCAGAACAAAAAUGAAAAAGAGCAGGAAGCUAUGUCUUGGUGGUCUGAUGAAGAAGGCUGUGCAAAGGAGAUUCCUACUAAAACAAAGCCUGUGGUGGAAAAUCCUGUUGUGGAGAAGGCUCCUGAAAAGAGAAGGCCAGCAGUGCAAAAAUCAUUUCUGGUUCAAGAUUCAGAUUAUCUCUUACAAGAAAAUAUGCCUGAUAGUGACUUAGAUGAACAAUUUAAAGAAGAAUUGAGAAAGAAAAAGUCUGAUUCAAGAUAUAUUGAGAUGCAGAGAUUUCGUGAGAAAUUGCCUUCCCACAGUAUGAGGAAGGAGCUCGUCAACCUUAUAAAUAAUAGUCGGGUAACUGUAAUAAGUGGUGAGACUGGUUGUGGAAAGACAACACAGGUAACCCAGUUCAUUUUGGAUGAUUAUAUUGAAAGAGGAAAAGGAUCUUCUUGCAGGAUUGUGUGCACUCAGCCUAGGAGAAUCAGUGCUAUUUCUGUAGCAGAAAGAGUUGCAGCAGAAAGGGCCGAAAGCUGUGGUAAUGGAAAAAGCACUGGCUAUCAAAUUCGCCUUGAAAGCCGGUUGCCAAGGAGACAAGGUUCAAUUUUAUACUGCACAACAGGAAUUGUCCUGCAAUGGCUCCAGUCAGACAAACAAUUGUCCAGUGUAAGUCAUGUAAUCCUUGAUGAAGUCCAUGAGAGAAAUCUUCAAUCAGAUGUUUUAAUGGCAAUAAUUAAAGACCUCCUGAAUGUACGACUAGAUUUGAAAAUAAUUCUGAUGAGUGCUACACUGAAUGCUGAGAAGUUUUCAGAUUAUUUUGACGGUUGUCCUAUGAUCCAUAUUCCUGGCUUGGCUUAUCCUGUCAAGGAAUACCUUUUGGAAGAUGUAAUUGAGAAAUUACGGUACAUGCCAGAAAAUACAGAUCGCAGGCCACAUUGGAAAAAGAGAUUUAUGCAGGGACAUAUAAGCAGACCAGAAAAGGAAGAAAAAGAAGAAAUUUAUCAUGAACAAUGGCCAGAUUAUGUAAAGCAAUUAAAAACACGAUACUCAGAAACUACAAUUGAUGCACUGGGAAUGAUAGAUGAUGAUAAAAUUGAUCUUGAUUUGAUAGCAGCAUUAAUAAGAUAUAUUGCUCUUGAAGAAGAGGAAGGCGCAAUUCUAGUAUUUCUUCCUGGAUGGGAUAACAUUAGCACACUGCAUGAUCUUCUGGUUUCUCAAGUUAUGUUUAAAUCAGAUAGGUUUGUCAUCAUACCUUUGCAUUCAUUAAUGCCUACUGUUAACCAGACUCAGGUAUUCAAAAAGACCCCUCCUGGUGUUCGUAAAAUUGUAAUUGCUACAAACAUUGCUGAGACUAGUAUCACCAUAGAUGAUGUAGUUUAUGUUAUAGAUGGAGGGAAGAUAAAAGAAACUCAUUUUGACACACAGAAUAAUAUCAGCACCAUGGCUGCAGAAUGGGUUAGCAAAGCAAAUGCCAAGCAAAGAAAAGGGAGAGCAGGCAGAGUUCAACCUGGGCACUGCUACCACUUAUAUAAUGGUCUUCGCGCCAGUCUGCUAGAUGAUUAUCAGUUGCCUGAAAUCCUGAGGACACCUUUGGAGGAACUGUGUUUGCAAAUCAAGAUUUUGAAACUUGGAGGUAUUGCAAAUUUUUUGAUGAAGCUCAUGGAUCCACCAUCACAUGAUGCUGUAGUGCUCUCCAUAAAGCAUCUAAAGGAGUUGAAUGCAUUGGACAGACAAGAACAGUUGACUCCCCUUGGUGUCCACUUGGCACGAUUACCUGUGGAGCCACACAUUGGAAAAAUGAUUCUGUUUGGAGCCUUAUUCUGUUGCUUAGAUCCUGUUCUCACUAUUGCAGCUGGCCUCAGCUUCAAGGACCCCUUUGUCAUUCCCUUGGGUAAAGAAAAAUUAGCAGAUGCAAGAAGAAAGGAACUCUCAAGAAAUUCUAAAAGUGAUCACCUGACUGUUGUGAAUGCUUUCAAGGGUUGGGAAGAAGCUCAGCGGCGUGGCUUCAGGUAUGAGAAGGAUUAUUGCUGGGAAUACUUUCUUUCUUCCAAUACCCUGAAGAUGCUGCGAAACAUGAAAGGGCAAUUUGCAGAACAUCUCCUUGCAGCUGGGUUUGUGAAUAGUAGGAACCCUUGGGAUCCCAAAUCCAACAUUAACUCAGAAAAUGAGAAGUUACUCAAAGCUGUUAUCUGUGCUGGAUUAUAUCCAAAGGUGGCCAAAAUACGAGCAAACUUCAGCAAAAAGAGAAAAAUGGUUAAAGUUUCCACCAAAACAGAUGGAACAGUGAAUAUUCAUCCCAAAUCUGUGAAUGUUGAAGAAACAGAAUUCCAUUACAACUGGCUAGUUUAUCACUUGAAAAUGAGGACAAGUAGUAUAUACCUGUAUGAUUGUACGGAAGUUUCGCCAUAUUGUCUUUUGUUUUUUGGAGGAGAUAUUUCAAUUCAAAAGGACAAAGAUCAGGAUACAAUAGCUGUAGAUGAAUGGAUUGUUUUUCAGUCUCCAGCAAGAACAGCACAGUUAGUAAAGGAUUUGAAAAAAGAAUUGGAUGACCUUCUGCAAGAGAAAAUAGAAAAUCCACAACCUGUGGACUGGAACAAUACUAAAUCAAGGGACACUGCAGUGUUGACAGCUAUUAUAGAUUUAAUCACUACACAAGAGAAUGAAACUGCCAGAAACUUUGCGCCUCAUUUCCAAAAUGAACAAUACAAUUAAUAGUGUUUCCUUGUUGAAAACAUGGUAACGCUACCAAUUUUUUCCCCAUCUCUUUUAAUUUUUUUACAUCUGGACAUCUUGUUAUUUCAUCUUUAGCGUUAGUAUUUCAUAAUGGCUUUGUGUAAAUGGCAUGGCGUGUAUAAAGUACUUGUUAAGUGCAUUAUCAUCUGUAAUAUUGUAUAUGUGCGUCAAGUUAUUUUCCGCUUCUUGUAUAACUGAUUUCCCUCUGGCAAAAGUUGGAUAAAAUAAAAUGAACCGAUUUUUACAUUUUUUGGCUUACACAAUUCUGUGAAAUUGUUGGUUUGAAAAGUGAUCAGAUUAACUAAAAUUUCACUUUUUGAAUAUUAGUCUUAUAUUUAUUGUCUGUUUAGAAUUAGUAAGGAAUUCAGUUAGAACCAAUUUAUAUCCUGCUGGGAGCUGUAGAAUUGAAUGAAGUCACUAGAUGAAGAGUAUGAUGGGAAAGGCAUUCAUGAAAUGGAAUCACUUUAGGAAUGUGAGCUUCAUUCCAGCUGUUUUGCAUACAAUGUAAGAAAUAAUAUGUUGACUUUCACCAACCAAGCUUUGUCUGAUAGCUUGCAAAAAACUGCCAGCUGUUUGGAUGAGAACAGGGUUUCAUGUUUUCUCUUUGCAAAGGGAAUUUGAAUAUGGAGCUGUGGAAUAGAAGUAAGGACCUUCUAAUGGAAUCAAAUAUGCAUUAACU